AUGAGGUUUACCACACCUCUCAUCGCUGCUUCUCUACCUUUCCUGGUGCUUUCCAGCCCCACUCGCAUCCACAGUAAUGAAAAAGGUCGUUCAAUCCCGAUUAGCAAGAGGGGUUCCACCUUCGUUGAUCAUGGCGUUGUCAACAUAACGGCUCUUCGGGCCCACCUUGCUUAUGUCGGCGCAAAAUACCACAUUGGCUUGAAGAAUUACGAGAGGAAUACCAGCCCAGUCCAUCCCCUCGCCUGGGAUAGAGCGACCCACGCCACGAAAAGAGAUAUCACCACCAGUGCCUUAACAGACGUUAGGGAUAGUAUUUGGUGGGGCAACAUCUCAGUCGGGAACCCUCCUGUUACGUUUGCCAUCUAUUUCGAUACCGGAAGCAGUGACUUCUUCAUUCCUGAUGUCUCUUGCAUGAACUGUGGAGCACUGCGCAGUGCACGUUACAGCCCUAGCUUGAGCUCCACUUCCUCGGCGGUGGGGAAAAGCUUCUCUCUCGUUUAUGGCGACGGUUCCUCAGUCAGCGGAUACCAAUAUAUUGACGCUGUCACUGUAGCCGGGCUCACAGCCAAGCGUCAAACCCUCGGAUCCGCCACCGCCCUUAGCCAGAAUUUCCAGACUGGAGCGAUGGAUGGCUUGAUGGGCCUGGCCUGGCCAGCGAGUUCUGAGUUCGGUGCUACGCCCUUCUUCAACACCCUCAUGCAACAGGGAACUGUCAGCCAGGGUGUCUUCGCUUUCUACCUCUCAGAGUCCGGCUCAGAACUUCGCCUCGGCGGAACCGACGAAUCGCUCUACAGUACUCCUCUUCAGUGGAUCCCUGUGACCCAACGCUUUUAUUGGCGAGUUGGCCUCGAUAAAGUAAAUGUCCGAGGGACGGAGGUGGUCAGCGGUCUAUCAGCCAUUAUCGAUUCAGGUACCACUCUUAUUGUCGGUGAUCCACCUACAGUUAGGGAGUUCUAUCGACAUAUUCCUGACAGUGCCAUCAUUAAGGGUGACGUUAACAAUGAGUUCUUCACUUACCCCUGCCACUACGAUCCUCGAAUCUCCGUUACAUUCAAUGGGGCUUCGUAUCCCAUUGGUUUCAACUUUGGUCCAGUCUCCAAUGGGUCAAGCCAAUGUCUUGGUGGCAUUGUCGGUCUAGCUGGCACUCCGUUCUGGAUUCUUGGUGAUAUAUUCAUGAGGAGCGUUUAUACUGCCUUCAACUUUGACAACGCUAGUAUUGGAUUUGCUCGACUUAAAUCUGAGUGGGAUCCAAAAUUUUCAUGA